AUGGAGAACGUGACCGCCUCAACGAACCGCUUGUCGUCCGUCACCGGUGUGCACCUGUUCAAGAUCGCCGGGCACUCCCUGAUCAACGGCACCGAUCUAUACAUAAUGUCCAAGACCUUCCGCAUCGGCGGGCAUGACUGGGCCAUCCAAUACUACCCCUACGGCCAGAAGCAGAAGGACGACGGCAAUAAGGAAGCCGAUGGGGAGCAUGCAUCCGUUUUCCUUUACCUGAUGGAUGCCGCCAAGGGCAAUGUUAGAGCGAACUACUGGUUCUCUCUCCAAGACCCUGCCUCGCCGGCCACGGGGGAGAAGAACAAAAGAGGAGGCGGCACGACCGACUUCUCGUCCAAAGUAUCAGCAUGGGGUUAUAGAAAGUUCGUAAGCAAGGCCGAUCUGGCUGCAUCGGGCUGCAUCAAAGAUGACUGCCUAGUGAUCAAGUGCACCAUCGAGGUCAUUACCUCCGAGCACUUCGACGACCACGGAGAAGACGCCGUCGUGGCGGUGCCGCCCUCCGAACUGAUCAACAACGUUGGCGGACUUCUUGAUAACGGCCUCAAAGCGGACAUGACCGUCAAGAUCGGCUUGUUCAAGAGGUUCAAGGUGCACGCUUGCAUCCUCGCAGCGCAGUCGCCAGUAUUCCGCGCGCAGCUAUGUGGCUCCAUGUUGGAGAGUAGGAGAAGCAGCAUCCGCAUCAAAGACGUGGACGCUACAGUUUUCGAGGUCCUGCUGCAUUACAUGUACAAGGACUCCCUGCCGGCAUUCAUGGAGGAGUCCACCGAAGAGGCUACAAACAUGGCGCAGCAUUUGCUUGUCACGGCCGAUCGGUACGCCAUCGAAAGAUUGAAGCUGCUCUGCGCCAACAAGCUGAGCAAGACGCUAGAUGUCAACAACGUGGGUUUCACUCUCGACUUUGCCGAGAGAAACAACUGCCAGCAACUCAAGGAUUGCUGCGUCAAGUACAUGGUACGGGACCGUAAGAGGUUUACAGAAAUCAUGAAGACCAAAGGGUUCAUGCAGUUAACUCAGAACUACGGAAGCCUUGGAUCUGAAAUUAUUGACAAAGCUUUCGCUAAUUGA